AUGGGCUGCUGCUUGUCGAGAGAGGACGACCAUCUGGACGGCGGUCGGGAAGCGCUGCUGCCUAAGGGCAGAAGCAGCAACAAGAGAGUGGACAAGUCGGUCGACGUGGACACCGUCAAGAAAGAAGGCAGUGCCAACGGCAGCCACAAAUCGCCGUCGGCUGUCGUCGCAGCGGCUGACGCGAACGCGAAGGUGGCUGCCAAGCCACAGCCGCCCAAGAAGCCGGCGGGGAGCAGCGACUUGCGGGGACAUCAGGGCGAAACGCCGACGUCGAUGGGGGCGGGCGCUCCAGUCGUGAAGCCGCAUAAGUCAGGGGCGAAGACGACGCCGCUGCCCAGAGAGGCCGCAGUGUCUUCCAAGACGUCGUCAGAGACGCCAGUGGAGACAGAGGAUGACGACGUGAUGGCGUCGGCGUUCACGUCUGUAGCUGUUAAGACAGAAGACGUGAACAAAGUCAAACAGAAUGGCGUUGCUCAGGAUCAUGCAACCGAUGGGGCCGACAGCAAAGGAGGCAAUCGCGACAAAGUGCACGACACGCCCAAAGAGCCUAAAUCUAAGAAGGUCACCACCUCCUCGAAAAAGUCCAAGAAGAAACGAAAGAAAGGAAAAAAGUAG